UGUAGAGCGGAUAGGGAGUUGGAGGCUGGGUCCAGCUCUUUGCCAGUUCUGCAGCCGACUCCACCUCUCUCCGCGCACGUCGAUAUAUUUCGCUCGUGCCCGAUGCCCCAGAACCGGAGAUGGCAAGUUGGAACGCCAAUGCUUCCGGAACUGCUCUCUCCAUACCAGUCGACAUCUUGUGCAAUUCGACAACGCGCGGUAUCACCGGUAGUGCAAUGGCAACAGUCUGUCUCGACAGCCAGAUCUUUUACAACCCCACUGUGGCGGCAGGUCCCGAGCCUGUGAGCCGCGGUCCUCUGGUUCGGAAGGGGAACCCUUCUGCACCCAUCUUUGGAGCUCCUUCACACCCGCCACCGCCGCUCCAGGAUGCGAACGAUCCCCAACACGGCAGUGCUGGGAAGUCACUCGACAAUGCGAUCCUGAUCCCCAGCGAUGGCGAGUCUGAUGACGAUGUCGACGAUGGCCGAUCCGACACGUCUUUCCCGCCGCCUGAGGACUCUCUAUCAGCUGCACAUGGCAAGGUUGAAAAAUCCUGCAGUGUUAAUUCAGGUAUGUGCCCAAAUUUCGCAUCGCCAGGCAGGCCAGUACGUUAACAUGUCUAAGCAGGCAGAAGGGUUGACGCUGCUUCCGAUGAGAGCGACGCGCCGGAGCAUUCAGUCACCAUUGGGCCUGGCCCAGACGACGAGUUUGCAAACCAGCAGCAACGGAUAGAUAGCCGAGGACCUUCUCUGAAGCCAUUUACUGGCUCUCCUGAGAUUGUAUACGCGA